AUGACCACUACCACUGACUCACCCGGCAACGGCUUCGCCUCGAUCCCAAAUGAUCUCGACGGCAUUGAACGCUUGUGCGAGCAGCUCUACACGGCACAAGACUCGACCAUUCGCAAACACGCAGAGAGCGUUUUGUUUCCACUCUCAACCAAUCCUAGACAUCUUUCACAAGGCACCAUGAUCUUGGAAAAUGCAAAGCAGUUUGUCCGAAUCGAACUCAACACCCUCCUCAGCCGCAUUACCAAGUUUGGAUGGUCCGACGGCGAAGCUCAUCGCACCAUCGUCGACGACGUCAGUCGCUUCUUGGAUGCCUCAGAGGAGCAUUGUGUUAUUGGCCUGCAAGUGCUCUCGCGAUUAGUUUCUGAGAUGAACACCGUUCCUCCUGGCAUCAGAAAAACAUUUUCGCACUCCCAGUCCCGCAAGAUUGCAAUUUCAUUUCGCGAUCUGCUCUUGUUGAAGAUCUUCAAGAUUUCUAUCGCCACUCUCAACAAAUUAUCCUUGCCUCCGGCCCAUUCGAAGCUCCGUGCGAAUGGCGUGGAUCUUGCUCUCAGCUGCUUGUCUUUUGAUUUUAUUGGAAGUAGUAUUGACGAGAGCAGCGAAGAUAUCGGCACCUUGCAUCCGCCUAUUGCUUGGCAUGUUGUCGUCGAGGACCCCACAACAGUCAAACUCUUUCUGGACAUUUAUCUAGCACUCUGCGUAUCCAACACGGUAAUAUCGAAGAAGUGUCUAGAGUGUCUGGUUCAGUUGGCUAGCAUGCGUCGCACACUUUUUGCAACGGACGAGCUGCGCAUUCUGAAUAUUCGCCGCCACAUGCGAGGAACCUUGGAUAUCCUCAGCACGCGCGUUGGUCUAGAAGAUCAUGAUAAUUAUCAUCACUUCUGCCGGUGGCUCGCACGCCUCAAAGUCAACUACCAGCUGGACGAGAUUAUUAACCUGGAUGUUUAUCGUCAAUGGAUUGAACUCGUCUCACAAUUCACCCUCCAAUCUUUAGCGUCCGAUUGGAGCUGGGUGGGAAACAGCCUUUUCUAUCUUCUCUCAUUGUGGUCUCGACUCAUUGCCGCGAAGCCAUACCUGAAGAGCGGAAAGGAAGCCUACCUCGACGGAUACGUAUCUAAGAUUGUGGAACAGUAUAUCACCACCAGGUUAAUGGCAUUAGAGCAGUUGGAUGAUGGUGAUGAAGAGGAUGAAGAUAUCACAGAGCAUCUGGAAGCAAUUCCUUCCAUUUUCCGGCUACAAUACGAGAAAUCAGGGGCAUUCAUCUCGUCGGUCAUGGAUCCUUUACUUGAAAAUUACAAGGCUUUCGCAGCGAGUGGUGGUGUUGGCGCAAAUCCCGCCGAAGUCUCAAAAUUGGAACGAGAACUCGCCUGGUUAACCCGAGUGAUCGCGGCCGUAGUGAGUGGCCGACUAAACGCGUCUAGCUCUGAAGCACAAGAGCUCACCGACGGCGAAGUAAGUUCUCGAGUGUUUCAGUUGAUGGUACACACUGUGUCUGCGGACAAUGCAGCCCGUAUGCGACCUGGUAUCACGCCAGAUACACUUGCGACGCCAGCAGGCAGAGCGCGAAAUACGAAAGGUGCCGUCGCACUAGAUGCUGCAAUUGUGGAUUUCACGCAAGCGUUCCGUAGAGCAUAUAUUGGUGAGGAAGCUGUAGCGACCAGCAAGGUCUAUGUGAGAAUGGCUGAGAGGUUAGGUAUGAACGACCACUUGAUUGUUCUUGACGUGGUGGCGGCUAAGAUUGCGUGUAAUUUGCGCAGCUACGGAGUUGUAGACGGCCAACGGAUUAUUGGCAAGUCCUUGGGCCUCCUACAAGACCUCGCUGCGGGAUACAGUAGUAGUCGCCUCCUUUGUAAGCUCGCAACUAUCCGCGAGAUGAUUACAAGUCAUGAUGAGGACAACUUUCCUUUUAUGAAAGGACCAGACUCUCUCAUGGGACGGAAUCGCACAACGUUUUACCAAACCAUUUUACGGAUUCUAUUCUCAAGCGGUGGUUCUAGCUUUGAUUCAGAGGCGGAAUUUAAUCGUUUCAUGGAGCCACUAAGAACUAAGCUAGACGCUUUGGCUGCGUUACCCAGCAAAGAUGCCUUCCGCAAUGACCAAACUGUCAAGAAGGCCGUCCUAGGGGUCCUUCGUGACAUUCGAGGCGUCAUCCAGACAAUGUCCAAUCGCAAGACGUACGGACUCUUCUUCGAGUGGUUCUAUCCGAAAUACACACCUGUCAUGCUGAAGAUCUGCGAAGUGUUUUCGGAGGCCGGUGUCUAUGAAGUCACGACAAUCUUAUUGAAGUUUUACGCAGAGUUCAUUUACAACAAGUCGCAGAGGAUAAUUUUCGACAGCUCCUCACCAAAUGGUAUUCUACUGUUCCGGGAGACUUCAAAUAUCCUGGUUACAUACGGGACUCAUACGUUGCAAAACUGGGAGAGAAUUGGUGGAGCAGAAGGAGCAAAAAGCAGAUCCAUGGAUCCUUAUCGUGUGAUGUAUAAGGGCAACUGGGUUUCCAUGCUUUUGUUUGCACGCGCACUUGGUGGUAACUACGUCAACUUUGGAGUAUUUUCCUUGUAUGGCGAUCCUGCUCUACAAGACGCAAUGGCGAUCUGCUUCAAGAUUAUUUCCGUUAUUCCGCUCGACCAACUUAUGGCAUACCCUAAAGUUGCAAAAGCAUAUUUCCCGCUCAUCGAGCUCUUGUGUUCUAACCAUCCUCAGGAAAUCGCCAAGUUGGAUCACCGCACGUUCGUUCGAAUCGUAGAAUCCUUGAGGGAGGCAUUGCAAUCCCAUGAAGUCUGGAUGAGCUCCCAGGCAGCCUCUGCCAUUGACCAGCUCUCCGCCUUUAGAUUUAAGCAAGAGCUGAAACGCAGUGAUCAUGCACGAUUGUUGCUUGCCCAUGUCGAACAAAGUCCGGACUUGUUUCCAUCUUGCCUAGGAAUAAUCUUUAACAUGAUUAUUCAUGUGGACUGCACGAAUCAAUGGAGUCUUUCACGACCAUUGCUUAGUCUCAUACUAACAAAUGAAGAAGCCUUCAUGAGAAUGAAGACAACUACAAUUCAGUCUCAGCCAGCGGAGAAGCAAGCGAACGUUGGGGCAGCGUACGACAAACUGAUGAAGGACGUGCAACGAAAUUUGGAAAGCAAGAAUCGAGACAGAUUUACGCAGCAGGUCACCCAAUUCCGGCUAGCUCUGAGAACAGAGGGUGUAACUGAUGGGCUGUUGUAA